AUGGCUUCCGGAAUACUCAACGUGAAAGGCAACAAGGUCGUUGACAGGAACGGCAACGAGGUACUCCUUCGAGGCGCAGCUAUCGGGGGAUGGAUGAAUAUGGAAAAUUUCAUUACUGGGUACCCUGGCCAUGAGUCGCAACAUCGUCUUGCAAUGAAAAAGGUCCUCGGGCCAGAGAAGUACACGUUCUUCUUUGACAAAUGGCUGGAGUAUUUCUUCACAGAGGCAGAUGCCAAGUUCUUUGCCGGAUUGGGAUUGAACUGUCUUCGGAUCCCGUUUAACUACCGUCACUUCGAAGAUGAUAUGAAUCCGCGCGUAUUGAAAGAGUCGGGAUUCAGACACUUGGACCGUGUGGUUGACUUGUGCGCUAAGCAAAAUAUCUACACUAUCCUAGACAUGCAUACGGCUCCUGGUGGCCAAAACGGUGACUGGCAUUCCGAUAACACCACCAACUACGCCGCAUUUUGGGACUAUAAGGACCAUCAAGAUAGAACAGUGUGGCUAUGGGAACAGAUCGCAGCGAGAUAUAAGUCUAACCCUUGGGUUGCCGGGUAUAACCCCCUUAAUGAGCCGUGCGACCCUGAGCAUAUCAGGCUCCCUGCGUUCUAUGAGCGGGUGGAGAAAGCUAUCCGUGCUGUUGACCCGGAUCAUAUCCUCUGGUUAGACGGGAACACGUUUGCCAUGGAGUGGAAAGGAUUUGAUAAAGUACUCCCGAACUGUGUCUAUUCUAUUCACGACUACGCCUCAAUGGGCUUUCCAACCGGCGAACGCUACAAAGGCACACUCGAACAAAAAGCCCACCUAGAACGCAAUUACCUCCGCAAAGUCGAGCAUCUGACCGAAAAAGGCACAGCGAUCUGGAAUGGCGAAUUUGGACCUGUCUACGCCGACCCCCGCGCAGACGCAGACGCCUCGACCAUCAAUACAGAACGUUACAAUCUCCUCGGCGAGCAGCUCCGCAUCUACGACAAAUACAACAUUCACUGGUCCAUCUGGCUGUACAAAGACAUCGGGCUCCAGGGCAUGAUCUACACUGACCCGGAGAGCAAAUGGAACAAGACCAUCCAGCCCCUCCUAGAUAAGAAGAAUCACUUCUGGCUUGAUGCUUGGGGGAGACGGCCUAGCGCUGAGCCCGAGGCGGCGCUGAAACCGCUUGUCGAAUGGAUUGACAAGGUCAGUCCUCGAGCUAAGCAGACGUAUCCUACGCCUUGGAAUACAGAAAGGCACUUGUUACGGAGCGUGUUUCAGACGUUUUUGGCUACUUCUUUUGUAGACGAGUUUGCGGAGUUAUUCCGAGGCAUGAACGAAGCGGAAUUGGAUGCUUUGGCACGGAGCUUUCAUUUUGAGGAGUGUUUGCAGCGGGAUGGACUGAAUGAGAUCUUGAGAGAACAUGCUCAUGGUCGUGAGGCCUAG